AUGACAGAUUCCACUACCAUGUAUGAAAAUUUACGAAGCCAGUUCACAGCUAAGUUUAAUAAAGAGCCAGAAUAUUUUGUAAGAGCACCUGGAAGAGUAAAUCUAAUAGGUGAACACAUAGAUUAUUGUGGUUACUCAGUGUUACCUAUGGCAAUAGAGCAAGAUGUUGUUUUUACUGUUACAAAUAAUGCAACUAGUAAAAUACUUUUAACUAAUACUAAUUCACAAUACAAAGAUUUUGAAUGUGAUAUAAACAACCUUAAUAUACCAAAAGAUGACCCCCAGUGGUAUAACUAUGCUCUGUGUGGUAUUAAAGGUAUAUUAGAACAUAUUAAAAAAGAUAACAGUACUGGUUUUACUUGUUUGGUAGAUGGUACAAUACCACCCAGUGCUGGUUUAUCAAGCUCAAGUGCUCUGGUUUGUUGUGCUGCUCUUACUACUAUGUAUGCUAAUAAGGCAUCCUUGACUAAGAAAGACUUGGCAGAUAUUUGUGCUCACUGUGAACAUUAUAUAGGAACGGAAGGAGGUGGAAUGGACCAAGCUAUUAGUUUCAUGGCUAAACAGGGAACAGCUAAAUUGAUAGAAUUUAAUCCACUCAGAUCAACUGAUGUAGAAAUACCUUGUGAAGCAGUAUUUGUUAUUAGUAAUAGUUGUGUACAAGCUAAUAAAGCAGCUACAUCAAGUUUUAAUAUUCGGGUGGUGGAAUGUCGUCUCGCAACACAGAUCAUGGCUAAGAGUAAAGGACUAGAAUGGAGAGAAGUGAAGAAAUUGGCUGAUUUACAACUAAAAUUAAAGCUUUCUCUAGAACAAAUGUUGGAUUUAGUUCAACAAACAUUCCAUAAAGAACCUUACACUAAAACUGAAAUUUGUGAAUUACUUGGUGUAACAAAUGAAGAGCUAGCUACUACAUCAUUAAGUCAGAACACUCUUGAUGUGGAAGUAUUUAAGCUAUAUGAUAGAGCUAGCCAUGUAUAUAGUGAAGCUAAUAGAGUUUUACAAUUUAAGAUGUUAUGUGAUGGUCUACUGCAGGAUAAAACUAUCAGUAAAUUAGGAGAGUUAAUGAACACUAGUCACAAUAGCUGUAGAGAUUUAUAUGAAUGUAGUCAUCCCGAACUAGAUAACCUUGUUGAAAUUUGCAGGAAAUCAGGAGCUGUAGGAUCAAGGUUAACGGGAGCAGGGUGGGGUGGAUGUGCUGUUUCCAUGGUGAAAGCAGGUGAUGCUGUAUCAUUCCUAGCUAAAGUUAGAGACCAAUAUUAUAAACCACAUGAAGAUCGAGCUCAGAAAAUUCUUACAUCUUUAUUUGCCAGUGAACCUGGACCAGGUGCAGCAAUAUAUACUCUUUAAAACUUGGGACUUACUGGAUUCGGUUUGGGUGGUUUUGAUGAAAUCUAAUUGUACUUACAGAAUGAAAAGAUUGUUUGAAAUAUACAAAAUUUAAUGAGUAUGUUUAUUAUAUUAUGUACUGGGUAACAAUGGUUACGGUAUUGAACUGAAAUUCAAUUGUACUUGUAAAAUGAACAGGUUGUUUAAAAUAUACAAAAUUUAAUGCAGUAAUCAUGCUUCAUAUUUGUGCAUCGUGAUAUCGUGCAAACUGGAUAUAAUACAAAGAGGAUUGAACUGAGAAUAACUCUCUGGGUUUUCAUUGCUAAAAAAAUAUGUAUCCAUUUCCUAUCAAGAUUGAGAAGAUUUUAAAAGGAAAAUAUUUUUGAGAAGCUUUAUUUUAGUAUACUGUAUUAUGAUACUGGUACAAUUUGUUUGUUUUGAAUACAGUAUAUUUAUAUUUCAUGCUUGACUUUAUGGUAUCAUAUAUUCAUUUGUAUCCUCAAAUUUUGGAAUAAACCAUCUUGAUAGGCAAUGCCAAUAAGCUGUCUUUAUUAAGCAAUUUUUUGUGCAAAAGAUUUGGUGAAAGAUUUUAAAGAAUCAGUUUUUCCUGGAAUCAGACCAGAAUUUCCAAAAUGAUGAUCAAAAAUUGUUUGAGGUAAUUGUUAGACGGAUGGAGUUUUACGUCCUACUGCAUCAGAUGGUAGUGUUCAAUGAGGGAAAUUGUGCCAGGAGAGCGGCAAUGGACUUAUCUUUUUCUUAUUCCAAUGCAAAGGAAAUCUUAAUCAUGCACACACAGGGCCUCAGUUGAUUGUCCCUUCCAGAUGCUUUUUCCAUGUCAGUCCCUCAAACCAGCAUCGCUGACAGGGAAGCCAAAAAUUUAAAAGAUAUUA